AUGGUUUCGAAAUCUCAAAGUAAGGAGGCUCAAGCUACAAAAGGUCAAGGCAAGGACAUUGUAGUUUCAAAGGCACAAAUGGCUGAAUCCAAAUUUGUUCCAAGCAAUCCCACAAAGAAGAUGAGAUUUACUUCAUCCUCUGAGAAAGACCCAAGCUCUGCGACAUUUGAUGAAGUGACAAAAUUGACUCGCGGUAUCAACACAAUGAGCCGUGUUGUGAAGAGGAAAAUCCAGAAGAUUAAGCCUGUGGUUGAGUACAAUAAAAGUGGCAGACCACAUGGCAAAGUUGCUAUUGAGAUGCAGAGUUACAUUGGUGUUUUGGCACGCACCAGAGUCCCUCUUGUGGACAAGAAAUGGACUCAAUUGCCCAAGGACCUGAAGGAGCAGAUUUGGGAAGCUGUUCAAAUGGCUUAUGUUGUUUGGGAAGGGGGCAAGAAGAUGAUGUUGUCGUCUGCCGCCAAAAAAUGGAAGGAUUUUAAGUCUACCUUAACUAGGCAGUUUAUCCUUCCAUUCGCAAAUGAGAAGGAGAAGUUAGAAGAGCCCCCUCAGCUUUAUAACUUCAUAGAGAAAUUGCAAUGGGAUGCCUUUGUAGCUUUAAGGUUAUCCCCAGAUUUUGAGGCUGUGCAUUCUGAGCAGUCACAGAGAACAGAGAAAUGCGAGUACAACUGUGCCCGAAACCAGCCCGGUGAAGAAAUCGAUCGAUCUCUGCUAUGGAAGAAGGUAAGAGAAGAUAAAGAGGGAAACAUCCCUGAUCCAAAGGUUGCAGAGAAGGCAAAAUUAAUCACAUCAAUCUUUUUAGUAACCGUCGUUAGACACGAAACCCCACGACGGUUUUUAUUUACCGCCUUUUAA